GUACCCUACACGUCGGAAAUUGUUGAUUUCAAGUUUGCCGCUAAGGAUCCGACCGACGGUAUCUUAUUACUCCCGCCGCGGAAAGACUCAAGGAGAGCGAGUGUUCUGCCAGUGUUUCAGACUUGUUAUUUGCUUCCAACAGUAGCUCUUAUUUAAUAAGUCGUUCAAUGCGUCCAAGUUUAAAUUCGGAAUUCCGAGUCGGCCGCCUCAUUUCAAGCAAGGCUAGUCUUCAUUUCUCGUCCGCUAAACUACGAGACGUCGGACCCGGGUAAUGGUCGGAGGAUUUAUAUAUGGCGUCAUCAGUUGCCAAGCGCACUCUUCCAAAGAUGAUGCCGUGAAUAUAAAGGCAUAAGAGUCUCGCAGAUUCAGAGUCUAAGUAAUUCAGCCCACUCUCUUUCUUUAAUGACUCAUGUUUCUCCUUCGUGUCCCAUGGCGCCCAAUUCCAUUCAGGUUAUGUGGGGGCCGGGGCUCAUUGGGUUCAUCAUAGCUACAGUGUUCUAUGGGAUAUCCUUUGGGCAAUAUAUGUUCUAUCUGCGAUCUUUUCCACAAGAUUCGAAAAGACUCAAGUUAUUCAUAAUGACAGUCUUUCUUUUUGAAACGAUUAACCAAUUCGCAUUGAUGGCGAUCUAUUGGUCUAUCCUUAUCUCGUGUCGACGUAGCACGUCCCUUGAGUGCACGACCAAAUUCCCCUGGCAGAUGCUACUGGGAUUAUUUUUGUCAUUUUCGGUCAUUUUCUUCGUUCAGUGUUUCUAUGCGUACAGGGUGUGGAUAAUCACUGGCAACAAUCACUGGGUCACGGGCAUAAUUUGCGUGCUCGCUACUACAUCGUUCGCUUGUGGCAUGAUCGUCAGUGGUUUAGGAAUAUACACAAGAAGCCCUGAAUUCCUGUUCAGCUCGAAGUGGUCGCCAAUAGCGUCAUUCAUCAGCGCAUUAUGUGAUUUUGUCAUCACAGUGUCCAUAUGGUUGUUCAUGCGACCAGCACGAACCGGGAAUGUUCGGAGAAAGUCAAGAAAUUACAUCAAUGAUAUGAUGUGGGUUUUUAUCAACAUGGGUUUGUUUUCGUGCAAUCAGCGUGACUGUGCUGACGAGGGAUCAAGACUGUCUCAGUAUAUGUUUCAAGACGGUCUUAUCGGACAGUUCUAUACCGCUGCGCCCGGAGCAGUGCUAGGAAAAUGUCACCUAUAUGAACUCGAUGAUGGCAGUCUCCCUAAGGCAGUAAAUUGGCGGUCAGGCUCAAUGCUAGAAAGUCCAUCCGCGAACGGGAACAACGUGGCUACAACUUAA